AAACAGCUGAUUUUUAUUUGUCAACCGUAGAAUAGUGGUGAGAAAUCAAAAAUCGGGAAUUAAAAAUUAGAAAAAUGUCAAUUUCGGUGAGUUCAUGGGAGGAUGAUAAUAAAAUGUCCCCGUUACUCGCUUUAGCGAGAAAAUUUAAUUGUUUUUACUUGUCAGGAUUUCGAUCGUCAGAAUGCAAACCCUUUAUCGUCGAGGGAUUUCAAGUGGGACUAAUCAGUCCUAAAGUGAUGAAACAUCUUAUUAACUAUCCCCAAGUGUUUCACAUAACCAAUGGAUGUGUCGAACUAAAUCCUGCUUUUCGAGACUACAAUGAAAGAAGUGAGAAAAUCGAUGAGGUUUUAAAAGAACUGAGAGAGAAGAAUGCCUUUAUUGCUCUCAAGGGCUGGAGAGAUGAGUGUUUUGAGGUAAGCACAGCCUUUGGAGCCCCGAGCUUACUAAAAAUAGAUCGAUCAGCCACAUGCCUAUUUGGAGUAAGAAAUUAUGGGGUGUCAAUAAACGGAUUCAUAAAUCAUCCGCAAAAAGGCAAAUGUAUUUGGUUCCAAAAGAGGUCCGCAGCCAAAGAAACUUGGCCAGGUAAAUGGGAUUCUAUGGUGAGCGGAGGCCUGUCAGUCGGCCAAGGCAUCAGUCAAACGGCCAUAAAAGAAGCGAUGGAAGAAGCAUCGGUGCCAACCGACUUAUUAAAGAAAUUAACCAGUGCCGGAUGCGUUUCGUUUUAUUUUGAGUCUGAACGAGGCCUGUCGCCCAAUACAGAGUUCGUAUUCGACCUGGAGACUCCGAUCGAUUUCGAGCCGGUUUGUGCGGACGGUGAAGUCGAAUGUUUCGAGCUGUUGCCGGUGACGAAAUGCGUGCAGAAGAUUUUGGCGCACGAUUUUAAAACGACCAGCGCACCGGUCGUUUUGGACUUUUUGAUUAGGCACGGGGUGGUUACACCUGAAAACGAACCAGAUUUUGUAAAAAUCCUCGAAUUGCUCCAUGUGCCCCUACAAUCGAUAUACGGCGAUCGCUAUCGGAUAAGCAAAGAAAACGGAGUGGGCGAGAGCAUGAUCAGCGUUUAAGCUGAAAAAAAACAGGCUUAAUCCAGCACUUUAUGCUUGCCAUUGAAGCCCAUACACAUUCGGUUUUUUUUAUAAUAGGUAUUUAUUAUUUUUAUUUAUUUGUAAAUAAAUUAUGGUUUUUCUUUCAA